UGAGGGCUCUAUCCCUAAGACCUAGGCACCUCCUAAAGACCCCACCUCCUAAUACCAUCACUUUGAGGAUCAGAUCUCAACAUAUACAUUUUGCAGGGACACAAACAGUCAGUCUAUAACAUACGCUAAAAAAAAAAAAAACAAAAAACAAAAAACAAUAAAUUCUGGCUAAGGCUGCCACCACAAUCUAUUUCUUGUUCCCCUGUGGCUCCCGUUUGCUUCCUUGUCACGGGAUCUUUCUGCUAAGUCAGCAGAAAGCCAGAAUAGAAGAGUCUGUGUUUCCACUGCUCUCCCACCCGGCACUACACUCCUAUCCAGUCCCCCCGUGAAUGAAUUCAGAACCUUCUCCCUGACAUUCACACCCCUCCUCUUCUCUUUCCAUCUUCUGGCUGAAUGUCCCUGGUCUCUGCUUCCUCUUGGCCCAUCUUACUUCCUGAAACACCCCUGAAGAGGGCUGCUUAUCUCGAUGGAGCUCAAGUGGCCCCCUGGGGGCAGGAGGCAGAGGUCUUGAGCGUGUCUGUCUGGGGAACUAAGAGCCGCAGCACUUUCAGAUUCAGCCCACAGAGAACUGUCCUCCACGCUUCCGGGAGCCCAGGGAUGUGUGGCCCACAAAGAGGCAAGAAGUGAUUGCCCCUAGAUGGGCUCUCUCUAAGAAAAGGUGGGGGCGUCUCCAAGGGAGUGUCCCAUCGGAGAAGAGAAGGAAUGAGCGAGUUGUGAGUUUCAGACUGCUGCUGCUGCCCCUGAACCUCAAGUGAGGUGCCUGGCAAGAGCUCGACUCACCGGGCUGCACGGAUCCCGUCAGCACGCCUGCUACUAGGGAGGCUCCUUGGCGAGAGCAAGAUGGCUGUCAACAGCACUGCCCUGUUGUUGGCCAACGUGACCUACAUCACCGUGGAGAUUCUCAUCGGGCUCUGUGCCAUAGUGGGCAAUGUGCUGGUCAUCUGGGUGGUCAAGCUGAACCCCAGCCUGCAGACCACCACCUUCUAUUUCAUUGUCUCCCUGGCCCUGGCUGACAUUGCUGUUGGGGUGCUGGUCAUGCCUUUGGCCAUUGUCAUCAGCCUGGGUAUCACAAUCCACUUUUAUAACUGCCUCUUCAUGACCUGCCUACUGCUGAUCUUCACCCAUGCCUCCAUCAUGUCCUUGCUAGCCAUUGCUGUGGACCGAUACCUGCGGGUCAAGCUCACAGUCAGAUACAGGAGGAUCACCACUCAAAGAAGAAUAUGGUUGGCCCUGGGCCUUUGCUGGCUGGUGUCAUUCCUGGUGGGACUGACCCCCAUGUUUGGCUGGAACAUGAAACUGACCUCCGAGUACUACAGAAAUGUCACCUCCCUUUCAUGCCAGUUCCGUUCUGUCAUGACGAUGGACUACAUGGUCUACUUCAGCUUCUUCACGUGGAUUUUAAUCCCCCUGGUUAUUAUGUGCGCCAUCUAUCUUGACAUAUUCUAUGUCAUCCGGAACAAACUCAAUCAGAGCUUCUCAAGCUCCAAAGAGACAGGCACGUUUUAUGGACGGGAGUUCAAGACGGCCAAGUCUCUGUUUCUGGUUCUCUUCCUGUUUGCUUUGUCCUGGCUGCCUUUAUCCAUCAUCAACUGUAUCACCUACUUCCAUGGUGAGGUGCCGCAAAUUAUACUUUACUUGGGAAUUUUGCUCUCCCAUGCUAACUCCAUGAUGAACCCUAUUGUCUAUGCUUACAAAAUAAAGAAGUUCAAGGAAACCUACGUUUUGAUCUUCAAAACCUGUAUGAUCUGCCAGUCCUCUGAUUCCUUGGACCCAAGCACUGAUCAGACUUCUGAGUAGUUAUCCAUGAAAGACCCCUCUUCACCCCAUUGACCUUCGGAUUCGGCAUCAGUAAACACUUGAAGAACCACCCAUCUGAGCCAAAGGCUUUCAUGUCCUUAAUUCCUUCUACUGAGUGGGGAGCAUUUGACUGGCUGCCCCCAGUGGUACCUCCCUAACACCCCCUUUCUAUUAUCCAAUUUUUUCCUUGUCUUUCUUUGAUUCUAUGUUCCGGAUGACUGACUUGAAGAAAGCGUUCUACUGUUACUACUGCCUCCUGUUUGGGAAGGAGGAGAAGUCAAGGUAUCUGAAGGAUGCUUUGUUGACUUACUGAUGAAAGGUCCCGAUCUGGAUGUGUGUGGUGGUGACUCAGUUCCUUUCUGUCGUGGAACCAAGCAGAGACACCUACACCAUCAGAUGCCAGGGAGAUGGUGGGAGCAGAGUUUAACAAAGGGGGAUUUAAACUGCUGAAUUCACCAGUAUUUGAAUAAAUGUAUUUGAGUAAAUAAAAGAUGACGGCUAACUGUUGUGUAGCUCUCUGCUGGGGGUCAGGGUCACUUGGGGUUGCAGACCCCAGCUGGCUGCUCGUGGCACUCAACCUGCUUGCCAUGUUCACCUGUUUGGACUCUGGGGCCCUCACUUCUUGCCUAGA